AUGUCCCUGGACGAUGUGGUGGCCUCGAGGACUCGGGGCGUUGCCAGGGAUCUGGCUUUGAAGCGGGGUCCGAUUUCCCAGAGGGACCCCUUGACCCUCGAGCAGGUGCGCGCCCUCGAGGCAAUGAUGGUGCGAGACGACAGGCCGACCUGGCAAAAGUGUUUUGUGGGCGUGGUGCUUUUCUGCACUCACGCCUCUGUGAGAUGGGGAGACGCUCAGAGGGUCACCAGUCUGGAGUUGAUGGGUAGUGGAGCAGCGGCGAUUUUGAUGGGCCUGGCGCUGGGCUCAAAAACGUCGCUGAGAGUGGAAGCAAAACGAAAGUUCCUGCCGUACGCUUGCGUCGCCUCUGGCGUUUCAGGUGAAUUCUGGGCUGCAGCAUGGCUUGAUGCGAGAAGCUCUGAGGAUCUGGGAUUUGAGGCCGGCCUCAUUCCCAGCUGGAGCCAACGUGAGGGUGCAUGGGCCUCCCACGCCAUGCCCUCAGAGGAAGCCUGUGAUUACCUGGUUGAAAUGCUUCUGGACCUGGGUGUGUCUACCCCGGGGAGAUCUGUUGGAACUCACUCGUGCAAGGCGACUGUGUUGUCUUGGGCACACUGGUCGCCGAAGGUUAGAUUUACUCAGGCGGAGCACCGGUUACUGGGACACCACAUAAAGCGUGGAUCCUCAAAUUUGAUUUACAGCCGCCAACUUUACAUUGAGCUGGCUGGAAAGUGCCUUGCCAUGUACCGAAGCAUUCGCUGUGGAGAUUUUGACCCGGACCAGACGACCGAGUCGCGAGUGGCAGCGAUCGCUGCUGCUUAUGAUGAGCCAGGAACUUUGGUUCCUGAUCCGUCCUUGCCAGCGGCGGAUGGGGAGGGCGAGUCUCCAAGCGAGGCUUCUGUUUCGGCUGAGUCGGGGGCUGAACCUGUGGUUAGGGAGAUUCCCCCUGGAGACCGGGUGCGGCUUCCCUUUGAAGACUGUGACCUCGAGGAGCUAAGGGUGCAUACGCUGUCAGGCAUAGUGCACCGGCUGAAGUCUCAGACGCAUUUUGCGUGUGGGAGACUCAUGACUGAUCGAGCUCUGUUAAGCAGGCUACUGGAGGAGGGCUACGAUACGUUCGGCAAGUUGGCCUUUGCGGGUGAGCAUGUUGUUCGCAAGCUGCCAGCGGCUGAGCGGGUAGCGAGGCUGGAUGAGCAAAGGACUAGGCUAUCUGGAGUCAUCCUGACUCCCAGCACCCUGCCUGCAAACUCCUGCAUUGAUUCGUGUUGCGACAUGCUGGAGACAGGAUCCCUCAAGUAUAUCCCGAUGAACAGAUGGAUUUCCCGAGCUCACGAGCUCACUCUUGUGAAGCGUGACAGUGCGAUUCAUGUGGAUUCCGAAGGGGGGCUAAAGUUGGCCCCCAAGGCUCAGGAGCCUACCUGCGAGACGACAGGGGCCUUCUCGCUGCGCCAGGCCUUCACUCGGCGAUCACUGGCUUUCGACCUGGCCCGAGUUGCAACGUUUGGGGUGAUGGAGACCUGGGUGGGCUCUUUGUUCGAGUUGACUUUGAGGCCGGCUCCCAAGGGCUUUCAGACAGUUUCAUUGGGACAGUUGGUAUCCGCAGACAAGCAGCUUUUUGUGCUGGCCGCCCAUGCGUUGGAGGGACGUCUAGGCAGCUCCUCUGCGUCGGUGCGCCCCCUGGAUGCCGAGAUCCAGCGACUGUCGACUUCUCACGAGGUAACUCAGUUUCUUAUGCCGCUGCCUGGCAGAGAA